AUGAGAUCGGCGCCGUCGAAUCUAGCGCGAACCGCGCCAGGUCGGCUCCCGCCGACGCCCGUCCGCGUAAAGGACGAGGAGCGCGCGUCCCGAAAGCUCAAAUACUUUGCCAGAAGCCUCCCAUACAAUAUAGAGUCCGAGGAAGAGAUGCAUAAACGAUUGGACGUCAUCAUUGCCCGCCUCGCACAGGCUGUCGAAUCGCGGGACUAUGAAUAUGGAGUAUUGCAAUGGGACAGCUUGUUGGCAGCUUGGAUGGAGCUCAAGUACCCACUACCUAAGAAGAAGCGAAUAGCCCUGGUCAAACUCUUCUACCAAAUUUGUGUUGUGCCCGGAAUGCCUGCAGACACCGUCUCUGCUUGCAUGGACUCGCUUGCAAUGUUCAGUCGCUCCAAAAAGAAGUUGAGCAUCGAAGAUUUACGGCUUCCAUGGAGGCCCGUUUACAAAAUCUUGUCGUGUGAUCUCUUCUUGCGGAGACGCCAGUUCGAAUAUAGUCAAACUGCAUAUAAUAUGGCUUAUGUAGCAGAAGUCAGCCGCAGGUUCUUCUCACCUGCUUGUAUCGACGAAAUGCUCGAAGAAUUCAUCCCACAUAUCAUUGGAAGUAAUUUAGACCGCAUUCUCGCAAACCAAUACUAUCUAGUCACAUUCUUACCCCUCUCACAUCCUCAGUACUACCUGCCCACAAUGAUGCGCCUCUGGGAGGCCGUCAAUAGUUAUGCCUUUGAUGAAAGGAUGCUCUCAUUUCUUUCCAAGCUCGCAGAACUCCACGUCGAUCCAACUGUCAGCGACCCCAAGUUGAUCGACAAGAUUCCAAUGGACUGGGGAGAAGAACCUCGAGUCCGCUGGCCAAAACACGAGAUCAACGUUGACGACUGGAGAGGAAUUUACAAGGACGUCGGCAUGUUUACAGACGACGAAUGGAAUUUUAUCAUGUGCAAAUGCCUCGUCUCGAUGGAGAUCCCACUUGCGGAUGCCGGAUCUCUGACGACUGGUCCCUCUGUGGACGGUCAAGCAGGCUUUGAGAUAGGCCGCCUGCCGCGCUGUGCAUGGAGAAUAGCAUCUCUCGCCCGUAUCAUCGUAUACUCCAUGACUCCGGACAGCGCUCCAGCACCUCUCACUGCAUUUGUCAAAUACAUUGUCUACGAAUUCAACAAGCGGUGGCAUGAAGAGAUGCAACCAGACUGCAAAGUUCCAAAGUCACGACGUCUGACCGCGGCGAUGCGGAGGGAGCUAGUACGCUGUCUUCGGACAGUAUGUCUCCUCUCAAUAUUCUCAUCAGACAGCACGUCUACAGGAAACGUUCAAAGUGCCUUGAAAUCGAUGAUAAGCAUGGAGCCUGAUCUCAUUUUGCCGUCUAUCCUCGACAGAGCAGUCACGGCUCUCGAAACUCUGACGGAAACCCAAAGGACCAUUGCUAUCAUAAAGGGACUUGGUGCUGUCAGUAGUGGUCUGACCUCUCGUGCGAUGUAUUACCCUGGAGCAAAGCACAUAGCGCCCGUGCUCGAGCUUCUCAUUCCUGGGAUCGAUUUGAAUGAUCCUAACAAGACAUUGUGUACUUCAACCCUCGUCAAGGAUAUCGCCCAGUUCAUCAAAUUUGGCGAUUUGACAGAAUUCAACUUUCAGUUGGCGACUAGCCACGGCUUUUCGUCACCUCUGCAACUCAGCACCACACCUGGAACGUCAAGUCGGAAUAGUGGAGCUUCCACGCCGAUGAGGAUUCACUUGCCGAGUUUUAGUGUCCCAACUGGAUUCACCGGGGACGAAACUCCCAACGACAGUGAGCCUCGCCUCCCUGAUAAUGAAGAGGACGCUCUCGUGAAGGAGUCGACGUCUUCGUUUUCAAACUUUAUCACUUCGUGGUUUCACCGUGUGAUCACACUCAUGGAGAAUUUACCAGAAGAGGGGCAACCAGGGACGCGAGCAGGUGGGGAGGAUGAGGUCGCCGUGAUUGACAACGUUGGAACGACGUGCUACUCUAUUUGUCAACAUCUUUCCGAGCCAUUGUUCGACUUAGUACUCAACUUGAUGCACGAAACGACAUCCUCUUCGGACGCGCUACCUUCUGAUGCAACGCUUCACUGGAACCUGGCGAUUCUCCGAGGUGCAAUGCAUAAGGACGGUCGAGAAAUACUCCCCUACAAGGAGGAGCUCAAAGAUAUUCUGAACCUUCUUGUCGAGAAGGCGUACUCCAAGAGAGGGUACCAGUGGGCGAGCCGCUUACUGUACAGCAUCCUUCUUUCCUGUACAAAUACGUAUCCUCUCGAGGAGAGAUUUGUGAAUGUCGAGGAGUGGCACGGGACUGCAUUCUUGCACUCGCACCACAAGUACUGGGGAAAGAUGUAUCCUAUGGGAGAUGCCACAAUUUCGUGGCAUGUUCCUAAUCAAGAUGAGAUCGCAUUUGCCCUCGAGAUCUUUGAGGACGUUGUGUCACCUACCCUUGGCCGUCUCGAGGCAUUGCUCGAAGGCAACGCCACCCGUGAUGCCGCGUGGAGGAAUGACUUUUGCCGCUUCAUCUCUUUUGUUCAGGAAGCAUUCAGCGGGAUCGCAGGUCUGAUGAAGCAAGAUGCUACACAGGAAGAGAAGGACGUCUACUAUGCCAACACGGACCUUCCCCAAAGUAUUCCGGAGAUGGUUGCAUGGACACUUCCGAUCGAAGUCAACUAUCCCUUGAGAGACCCUAAGGAUCCCAGACACGUGAAGAUUAUGGGAUACCGUCGACGAUUCGUAGAGUUUCUCCUUCGGGCUUCCAGAGCACUUCGUCAGCAAGGCGAGGAAAAUACGGUCGAUGCGAUCCACACAGUCAUUAGCUCAUUCCGUACAUAUAUGCUGGAGAAUGGGGCUCCAGACGUUGAGGAUUGGGGAACGCUUAGAAAUCGUUUCGGAGAUGAUAGAAAUGUGGCUCGAAACUAUGCUGGCCAACAGGAAUGGCCGCGAAGUCUUUGGAUCCUUCGCCUUAGGUUUUACCAAGCCGCUCGGUUGCGAGCCAACAAUAUGGAGCGAAUACGGACAGACAUUGAGAAUGAUAUUAUCGACGAGCUGACAGAGUGGUCGAUGUACAUUUAUGCGACUGUUCGCGCGCCAGCCCAGAGUCUCCUGGCUCGCGUGUCUGAGGUUUAUGAUGGUGUGCGCACACGAGUGCUACCGCAAAUCUACAAAUCCCUGGUUCAGGGGACCGACGACGAUCGUAUGAAAGGAGCACUAUAUCUGCUCAAUUACCCAGCCUUUGGGAAGUACGCCGUUACAGAGCCCUCACAACUCCCGCUGUUCAUCAAGUACUUUUUCGGGUGCCAGCACAACGAGAAGCCUUCUAUUCAAAGCGUUCUCUCCUCAAUUGCAGAUAAUGCUUUGAGCAACUUCGUUGAGCGUUGUCAGACUGUCUUCAAAACGGACAGUAAGGCAUUGCUAGAAGCCGCCGAAGAGCUCUUCGCAACAAAAAUUGCAGGAAGCGGGAAAAAAAAUUUCCAAGAGCACCUUAACGAGUCGAUGACAGCACUUCUUAGCAUCGGAAAUUCUUCCUCGACCCAUUGGCGGUAUAGCAUCGUCGCGCUUAGGAUGAUCCGAGUCUUGGUGCGAAAGGAUGUUACCAACAAUGACGCCCAGUUGGAGUACCUUGUUGCAAAGAUAACGGAUAACCACCCAUCCAUGCGCUAUUACUCUCAACGGGCAAUUAUGAAGAUGUUACGGUACAUUAAAGUUAGGUCGUCAGCCACCAAGCCCGAGGAUAUCUCUCUUCAAAUCAAUCGCAAUCCCCUUCAUCGGCUUGUGGCCAUCAAUCAGCCGACUCUUGGUACGACGGAGGAGUAUCUCCAUGCCUUUUCUAAGCCGUUGGAUUGGAAGCACGCAGUUGAGAAGCCGCUACUCUAUGAUAAAGUAUCAUCAGGCUGGCUUGCGUGGGAGAAAACCUCGGAAGCUCUCCUUGCAUCCGACUCACUCCUAAAGGAUCGACUCGAGUCUGAAGCUACGCCUGUCGUUGAAGCACUACGCCAAUGGGCGAUCAAACCCACAUCCUGGGAGUCUAUCAAAACACAUUACUCAGAGGAGACACAGAGUGGAUCCGUCAACUGGGACAAUAUUUCCUUUGUCAAGACAGUCUUUCAAAUACUGGGAAAUGAGCCGUGGGAAGCUUUCCGACCCACUCUCGAGACCUUGCUUGCAGACAGUGAACAAAACAAACAACGUGCCGCUGCUGAGUUCCUAGCCGGCGUAAUUGGAGGAACAAAGAACUGGCCAAUUGGGUCGCAAGCAGUGCUAUUAGACUGGCUAUCUCCUCAACUACCCAAGAUCCUCGGACAGAAUGUGAAGACUGACACGCUCAGUAUCUGGACAUCAUUUUUGGAGUACACUUUGGGCAACCGAGACCCUCGGAGGCCGUUUUGCGACCUCAUCGUCAAGUAUUUGGUCCAGGAAAAUCAGAUGAUGGAAUAUAAUCAAGAAUUAUCGUUUGAUGCGGUUCGCGUGUGUUCUUUUACUCAAGCCAUGGCAGAGGCGUUUGGUUGGCGAUUCCGGCCAUGGGUGGAACCCAUCCUUGAUCGUCACUGGCCGGAACUGGGCUCAGAACACGAUGAGGUUCGAGCUUAUAUAGCAGAUAUGCUUCAGCUUUUCGACAAAAUCAUGUGGCAACCUCAACCUUCUGUCCCUACUGCCGAAACGGUGGUACGAGAGUGCCAGGCCAUGUCAGAUUUGGACGACAUCUUCUCGAUCCGUCGACCGCACCAUCAUUCCCGUUUCAAAGAGCUUGUUCAACAAUUUGGGAAGUGGAGAGAGGAACGACUCCCGGGAGCACGUGCAAUCCACUCUCGGUAUGAUCGUACAGCGGCGACUGUUCUCAAAUGGCUAUUCCUUGGGCUGCAUGAUAUCCACGCUGUCUCAAUCUACGAAUAUGUUCUACCAUUUAUUCCAGAACUAUUGCGCAUGAGCGAGCUCAAUGAUAACAAUGAUCUUGCUUCGCGUGCAAGUCUUCUCUUGACUCGAACAUGCGGCGUCAGCCCACCUCGCGAGAUGAUCGCGCCUAUCCUCCACGAAUUGUACAAAGCCAUCCAGGACUCUCCUUCAUGGAGAAUCCGCCUCAAGGCCCUUCCUCUUCUCCAAGUGUUCUAUUUCCGCCAACUCCCACUCCUCAGCGACAUCAAGGUUAUCCGAAUACUAGAAGUUGUCUGUGCGUGCCUCGACGAUGAGAACAUCGCCGUACGGGAAAUGGCGGCGACGACACUCUCUGGUAUCCUGCGGUGCUCACCACGGCAAAGCGUAAUCACCCUCAAGGAUCGUUUCCAACGUCUUGCCCGAAGAACAAAGCUUCCAGAAAAGUCGGAUCCGAACUAUGCUACUGCUCUUCGUACAUUGCAUAGUGCAAUGCUCGGAGUUGGAGCGCUCCUCGAUGCGUACCCAUAUAGCUGUCCCAGCUGGGUUCCAGGUCUCAUUACGGAUGUCUUGGCGAAGCAUACACAUUCCCCAUUACCCAUCUCUGCUACAGUUCGAAAGACAGCUCAGAAUUUCAAGCGAACACAUCAGGACACGUGGGCAGAGGACCAGAAGAGGUUUAACGAAGACGCUCAGAGUGCACUUAGUUUACUCUUGACUGGGUCCAGCUAUUACGCAUAA